GUAUUUCUCUAUCCAUGGUUAUCAUAAAAGUUGAAAUCGUUAACAUAUAUUAGAAACCAUAGAACUUCUGAUAUUUUUAUUGGAAUAACAUAUACAUGAAUUAUCGGCCAAGAUUAUAACUCUAGACUAGAUUUAAUGAACGGCAUACACCACGAUAUGCUGUGUUUGUGAUAAAAGAGUUAAUGUUCGUCAAGAAAUAGAUUUUUCUUUACACUUUUGACGGUCUCCAUCAAGAGCGGGUGGAUGGUAUAGAGGUUGACAUCCAUCCCUCUCUCUCAAAAUCUUGCUUGAGCCCUCUUAUCCGCCUUUCAUUUCUCCGAAGCUUUUGCAUAAAAAAGUAUCUUAGUUGAGGUUAAAGGACACUGAGAGACUAUGAUUGAGAAUGACAUAGAGAGAGAGAUAAAAGUAUAGAUUAUUAGGACACGGUUGUCUACUUUUUAUUCUUUCUCUCUUUCUCCUCCUUCUUCAUCAUCAUCUGAUUUUCUUUAUUUAACCUUACUUUCUUUUCUCUUUCCCUAUCUUCUCUCUCUUUCUUAACUUUCUCUUGGGAUUCGAUCUCUUUCCGGUGGCUAUUCCCGAUGAUAACUGUCAAAUCUUCUCCAUUUGCACAACCUCUCCUUUAGGGUUAAUCUCAAUACCUACCGAGAUCGAAAAUAAAAAUUAAAGGAUGAAUUCCUUUUCACAUGUACCUCCUGGCUUCAGAUUUCAUCCAACCGAUGAAGAACUUGUAGACUACUACCUAAGGAAAAAGGUUGCAUCAAAGAGAAUAGAAAUCGAUUUCAUCAAAGACGUUGAUCUCUACAAGAUUGAGCCAUGGGAUCUUCAAGAGUUAUGCAAAAUAGGAAACGAAGAGCAAAGUGAAUGGUACUUCUUUAGCCAUAAAGACAAGAAGUAUCCCACGGGAACUCGAACCAAUAGAGCGACAAAAGCAGGAUUCUGGAAAGCCACUGGAAGAGACAAGUCUAUAUAUUUAAGACAUGGUCUUAUCGGUAUGAGGAAGACACUCGUGUUUUACAAAGGAAGAGCCCCAAAUGGACAGAAAUCGGAUUGGAUCAUGCACGAGUAUCGAUUAGAAACAAAUGAAUAUGGAACCCCUCAGGAAGAAGGCUGGGCGGUGUGUAGGGUUUUCAAGAAGAGAUUGGCGUCAACAAUGAGGAAAAUGGGCGAUUACGAUUCUUCGCCUUCUCAUUGGUUCGACGACCAGCUCUCUUUCAUGGCCUCCGAGCUCGAUUCCAAUCCCCCAAGUCGGACUCUUCACAAUCAUCAUCAUUAUAACCAACACAAUCACCAGCAGACAUUGCCUUAUGGCCUCGAUGCGUCUUCAGCUUAUACACUCAACAACAACCCUAACUUGCAGUGCAAGCAAGAGCUGGAGCUACAUUACAAUCACAUGGUACAACAUGAACAACAAAAUCAUCAUCUUCAUGAAUCUAUUUUCCUCCAGCUUCCUCAGCUUGAGAGCCCUAACAGUAAUUGCAACUCGCUACCUUAUGGAUCAAGCAACAAUGGUAAUAACACAAGAAAUAUUGGUGACUUGCAGCAAUCAUCAAAUCUCACUCAUGAGGAACACCUGCAACAAGGGAGUCAAAGUUUUAGAUCUGUUUGUUACGAUCAAGGUGACCAAGUGAGUACGGAUUGGAGAGUUCUUGAUAAGUUCGUUGCUUCACAGCUAAGCGAGGAAGUUGCAGCCGCAGCUUCUGCUUCUGCUCAUCAAAAUAACAACAAGAUGGACGCAAGAAACACUGAUUAUCAAGUGCAUCAGGGAAUGAAUCUGCUGGACAAUGAUUCGGAAAGGGUUGUCGAUAUGGGAGAAGAGCAUGCAAAUGCUCAUGCUGGUUUUGAUUCUUCGAGUUGUCAGAUGGAUCUCUGGAAAUAGUGAUCAAAAAGAAGAAGAUUCAAGAUGAAUACAUGUGAAAUAUACAUGCACACUAGUGCUGUGAAGAUGAUGAUGGUGGAGACCGGUUUAAAAAUAAGUUGGAAGGAGAAAUAACAUGGAGUUAUUUCCCCGAUUUAUAGAGGUUUUGUACAUAAUAAAAACCUAAAUAAUAUGGUAUUUUCUCUCGAUGAUUCUUGUUUCAGUAUUGUAUUAUAUGUAUAUGAUAUAUGCAUGCGUGAAUGCAUGUAUGCAGGCAUAUAUGCAUCUAUAUUUAUCUAUCUUUGUAUGGAUCAUUAAUGUAUAUCCAUCCUUAAAUUUGUAUAAUAACCAUAUGAGUAGUGGUUUAAA